GAGUCAUCUUGCAAAGCUCUACAGCGAAAAUAUCAAUUGAGAUCAAUUGAGCCUUCCACAGGCAACUAUGUCCGGCAUCGAGUAUUUCCCGGCCUUCGCAGUCGCUCAACACGGCUAUACCGUAUACCUCACGAUUUUCGACCGGAAUAGUUGUCGGCAGCCAGAGCAAGUUACGGUUAAUUUCUUCUCGGGUGUCGAAGACUACACUUUCGUCUCCCGUUAUUCAAGUUCGGUGUCUUUCGCCUUGCGGGCGCCCGUAGGAGUUAUCACUAUCACGUUCUAUACACGAGGAGAGCCUCUGAAGUUUCUUCAACCUUCGAUCUAUCACACAUUUGCUGUGGUGCCUGUCUAUAUCAAGUGCUAUAGCGCAAUCAUAGCUCCACUGUGCUACCACCAACAACUGAUUGCGGAGGAGCUGGCCCGAUUAAGUGGAAGACAGUUAGCAAGAAGGCAAGGCAAUCUUGUGGGAGAGCCUAGGCUGCAUAGAUGACUCUGAUCCUGUUAACAAUGGGGGUAUUAAAAUAUUACAUAUGCGAGAGGAGUAUCUCAGUCGAAGCCAUCCUCGUCGGUCCAUAAAGUCUCGAUUUGCCUAGUCAUAGUGUCUGGGGUAUGACAUUACUUACCUCACGCACAAGCGCUGUUAUAGAAUGAGUGACCGAGUGAGACUGAAAAGAGGAAACUAAUACCAGCGAGCUUUGGCGAUAACACCCUGAAGAGAAUGAUCCUUUUA